CGGAGGAAGCACUUCAGCAGAUAUCAUCCUCUACAUCAGCUCCUCAAGAGAAGAACAAGCUUCAGCGUUACAGAAGUGAAAAUGAAGUUGACACGUGUGGCUCUCGCUGCUGCAGUCGUCAUCGCAUGCGUCUGCUUCCUGCAGACCGCAGCCGUUCCCUUCACACAGACUGACGAUGAGCAUCACGUGGAGAGUGAAGCACCACAGGAGAACGAGCAUCUGACAGAAACUUCUCAGGAACAAACAAAUCCAAAUCCCCUGGCAUUCUUCAGGGUGAAGCGUCAAAGCCAUCUGUCCCUGUGCAGAUACUGCUGCAACUGCUGCCGCAACAAAGGCUGCGGAUACUGCUGCAAAUUCUGAUCCUGCGGCGUUUUACCAAGUUCUGUGUGCUCAGGAAAAGAGUUUCUUUGAAACAUUAACUUAUUUGGACUUUUGUCUUCAAAAACCUUGCUGAGAUGACUUUCCAUGUGGCAUCAAGUUGUUUGAAACGGGUAUAAAGGCAGGCUUUGUCUCCAUGCAUACUGCUUUGUAGAAGUUGCAGCUACUGAAAUUUAACUAACAAUAUGAGAGCUCACCUACUUUUUUUUGAAAGCUUUUAUGAUUUUGUAUGUUUUAUAUGUAUAUUUUUUAUGCCUGUGUACAAUGAUUGUUUAGUAAAUGAAAAGCUUUUGGAUAUUUGUAAUAAAAUGAUUUUGCAUGUGAA